UAUCUUUACUUUAUUGCUCUUUUCGGGUAUUACUACAUCUGCAGUUCAACGCCUUUACGGUUAAAAUUGUUUUAGCUCCUGGUUUGCUAAAAAUUAUAAUUCCGUGUGCCGGAAAAUCUUUAUUAGGUUAUAAUUCGGAUUUUAUCCGUUUCACAUACUAAGAAAUGGCAUUGAAAAGAAUUAAUAAGGAACUACAAGAUCUAGGACGAGAUCCUCCAGCUCAGUGUUCUGCUGGUCCUGUUGGUGAUGACUUAUUCCAUUGGCAAGCAACUAUAAUGGGUCCACCAGAUAGCCCAUAUCAAGGAGGUGUAUUUUUCCUCACUAUUCAUUUUCCUACAGAUUAUCCUUUUAAACCUCCAAAGGUAGCAUUCACUACUAGAAUUUAUCAUCCUAACAUCAACAGUAAUGGUAGUAUUUGCUUGGAUAUCUUACGCUCACAAUGGAGUCCUGCUUUAACAAUAUCUAAAGUAUUGCUGUCCAUAUGCUCUUUGCUGUGCGAUCCAAAUCCUGAUGAUCCUCUUGUUCCAGAAAUAGCUAAAAUCUACAAAACUGAUCGGGAGAAGUACAAUGAGCUGGCCAGAGAAUGGACAAGGAAAUAUGCAAUGUGACCCAAUAGACUAAUUUGAUAAUUAGCGCUUCUUCCAUUACACCAUAUUACUUUCUGCUGUUUCCUGUUCUGGUCAGUGCGGUUAUUUUGGGUCCAGUUCUUACUUUGAAAAAUUCUGUAGCAAAUGGGGGAAGACUGAAAUUUAUAAAUUUAAAGUAUUUUUAUUGUGAAUUGGCAACAAUUUGCUGUUAAUAACUCUACUGAGGAUUAAACAAAACAAUCUAUGCAAUUUUUAUGCUUAUAGUUACUGGCAGUUUCUUUAUUUUUUUUCCUAAUUUAUUUUUUAUUUGACAGUGUUCAGUGUGCAGGAUGUCUACACCUUGCACCUUAAUUUUCUUGUUAAAAAUUAAGUCAGAUAUGCUCAACUUCUUGACUAUUUAGAUUAUAACAGUUUCUGUAACCAGAACUGGAAAUUCACCAAUUCAGUGGAAAACAUGGCCUGGCAUGUUCUUGUGUCAAUGUGUAAAUGUAAUUUUUUUCUUUUCCUCUCUGAAAUGAUUAAUGAUUGUGCUGUGUAAAUAAAACUUUUUACAUCUGCCAGAA